ACUAAUUUGUGCGUGUAUUUAAAUAAGAUUUGGUGAAAUGUUAAGUAAUUUUUUAAGCAAUAUUAGCAACAUAAUAAAAUACGGUUGUUUAGCUCACUGCACUUUUCAAUUCGUUGGAGAUUUCGUAGUAUGUUCAGGUCCUUCAAUGGAACCGACUUUACAUUCAGACGACGUUCUACUUACCGAACACGUUUCAACUCUGAGAAACAAAAUAAAUAAAGGUGAUAUAGUAAUUGCCAAAUGUCCUACAAAUCCUAACCAGCAGAUAUGUAAAAGAGUAGUAGCUCUACCUGGAGAAAAAGUUAAAACUGGUUUUACAUCACACGUAUAUGUCCCUAUUGGACAUGUAUGGUUAGAAGGUGAUAAUUCGUAUAAUUCUUUAGAUAGUAGAUCUUACGGACCCGUACCGCAAGGUUUAAUAAAAAGUAGAGCUGUUUGUAAAGUUUGGCCUCUUAAAGAUCUCUCUCUACUAGUAAGGUAACAAAUUUGAUGUAUUUAUGAAUUGUAUGAGAUAAAUAGACUGGAUUUGUGCACUGCAUUAUAUUUAAGUAUAUAAAAAUUAAAUAUUGAAUUUUUUAAAAAACGUUUUGGUUUUUUCUUCUUUUACUGUUUGCUGUACCUCAUUUUAAAAAAUAAAAUUAUAAUGGGAAGUUUAUUAUCAUUCAUUAAAGAAACUAAUUUUAUUUGGAAUUUGCAUAAUGUUUAUUAAUGAUUGAAACUCGCCUUCACGCUGUAAAAAGUAUUAAUUUAAUACAGGGUGUGGUUGAAAAAUACAUGAACAUAAAAAUAAUCGUUUUUGAACAACUACUUACCUUUUGCGUUCUCAAACUUUCCUGUAGCCCCUUUUAAAAUUUGAGUAUAUUUUUGUAUUUUCAAAUCUAAGAACGUCGUUUCAUUGUUAUUUUAUUAGAAACAUGCAAUAAUUCCGGUCUACCCCCUAAAAAUUGUAAAUAUAAUACGAGGCGUGGUUGAAAAAUAAAAUUAACUUUUUUGAACUACUAUUUUUUGCUUUUAAUACAAUUAUUCCAACAUUGAAUCAAUGACUUGAAUGUUUUUAAUAUGGUGCAACCUUAAUAGCAGAAAAUGUAUCAGAAACUACACUUAUUACAUUUUUUUUUAUUUUCGGAAAGAGGCAUAAGUUGCGUUGUGCUAAAUCUAGUGAAUAAGGCAGAUGUGAGUAGAAAUUUUAUCAGAAACAUGAAAUAAUUCCGGUCUACCCCUUAAAAAAUUGUAAAUAUAAUACGAGGUGAUGUCAAAAAUAAUUUCCUGAAUAUUAAUUUGAAUUGAUAUAAUUUAAAAUACUGUCCUUUGUUUCCAAUACAGAUUUUGUCAUUUUCUGAGUUUCUCUGACAUAUUUUUCAAUGGGAAACAAGUCAAAUCCCGACGCC